ACGGUGAUUUUUAAUGGUAGUAAUUGGAGGCUAUUGAGAUUAUUUGUUAAUUCGCGAGUAAAAUCAAAGAUGCGAAUAUUAAUAUCGGUGUUCAAUAAAAAUAUAAGAUAAGCUGAUCAUCGACAUGCGGUUGUGAAAAUAGAAGUGGGGCCCCGGGAGAUCGCACAAUUCUUAUAUUUUUAUCCUGGUGGUUCAGGAAAGUAUCAAAAGAAUAAAAAAGAGACAAAGAGAGAAACACCAAAUGAAGUAAAGCUGGCUGGGAAAUAAGUCUGAGACCCUGGUUGGUGGGUGAAUGAAUGGUGUUGCAGAUAGACUCGGUGUGGGGUUGGGCGUCACCCCCGCUGCGCCUCCAAUUAGCUGGGGGGUCUCGGGGCGCCCCGGGAAGUGCAGGGGCAAGUGCGGGUGCCCAAGCCUCACAAAGAAUGGGCGAAAUGGUGGUGGAGCGAGCUCCGUCUCCUCUACGCCUUGGCCACACCUCUGAGAAGCACCCCGGAACUACCCUGACGGAACUAAAUGUACUUAGACGUCACAGGGAAUUAUGCGAUGUUGUUCUCAACGUCGGCACCAGAAAAAUAUUUGCCCACAGAGUGAUUCUGUCUGCCUGCAGUCCCUACUUCAGGGCAAUGUUUACCGGAGAAUUAGCAGAGUCUAGGCAGACGGAGGUGACGAUCAGGGAUAUAGACGAGGUGGCCAUGGAGCAGUUGAUCGAUUUUUGUUACACCUCUCAAAUAAUAGUUGAAGAAGCUAACGUGCAAACUCUUUUGCCAGCUGCAUGUCUCCUUCAGCUAGCUGAAAUCCAGGAUGUUUGUUGCGAAUUCCUGAAGAGACAACUAGACCCUUCGAACUGUCUAGGAAUACGCGCUUUUGCAGACACCCAUUCCUGCAGAGAAUUAUUACGCAUUGCUGAUAAAUUUACACAGCAUAAUUUUCAAGAGGUAAUGGAGAGUGAAGAGUUUCUUUUGCUACCAGUCGGUCAACUGGUGGACAUCAUAUCGUCUGACGAAUUGAACGUAAGAACAGAAGAGCAAGUUUUCAGUGCAGUAAUGAACUGGGUGAAAUACAACGUAACGGAACGCAGGCAGCACUUAGCUUUAGUACUGCAACAUGUCAGACUGCCUUUACUAAGCCCAAAGUUCUUAGUAGGAACUGUAGGAUCAGACCUACUGGUCCGUUCAGACGACGCAUGUCGGGACUUGGUAGAUGAGGCUAAAAAUUAUUUACUCUUACCACAAGAACGGCCCUUGAUGCAGGGGCCAAGAACAAGACCAAGAAAACCAACUCGGAGAGGUGAAGUUCUCUUUGCAGUAGGUGGUUGGUGUUCAGGGGACGCUAUUGCUAGUGUGGAGAGGUUCGAUCCUAACACAGCUGACUGGAAAAUGGUUGCACCGAUGAGCAAAAGAAGAUGCGGAGUUGGAGUUGCCGUUCUCAACGACCUUUUAUAUGCAGUGGGAGGCCAUGACGGACAGAGUUAUCUAAAUAGUAUCGAGCGUUAUGAUCCACAGACUAAUCAGUGGUCUUGCGAUGUUGCUCCAACGACUUCCUGUAGGACUAGCGUAGGCGUAGCGGUAUUAGAUGGAUUCUUGUACGCGGUCGGAGGACAAGACGGCGUACAGUGUCUGAAUCACGUAGAACGGUAUGACCCAAAGGAAAACAAAUGGUCGAAAGUUGCCCCUAUGACGACAAGGAGGCUUGGAGUAGCAGUUGCCGUUUUAGGGGGUUACUUGUACGCGAUCGGUGGCUCAGAUGGUCAGUCGCCUUUGACUACGGUAGAAAGAUAUGACCCUAGACAAAACAAGUGGUCACAAGUUUCCCCAAUGUCAACUAGACGCAAACACCUUGGUUGUGCAGUGUUCAAUAACCUUAUAUACGCGGUAGGCGGUAGAGAUGACUGUAUGGAGCUCUCUAGUGCCGAAAAAUAUCACCCGCUAACUAAUUCUUGGAGCCCAAUUGUCGCCAUGACAUCUAGAAGAAGCGGGGUUGGCUUGGCUGUAGUAAACGGCCAGCUGUACGCCGUAGGUGGAUUUGACGGAACAGCGUACCUGAAAACUAUUGAAGUUUAUGACCCUGAGCAGAAUCAGUGGAGACUAUGUGGGUGUAUGAAUUAUCGACGAUUGGGUGGUGGCGUUGGAGUGAUGCGAGCCCCGCAGACUGAGAACUACAUUUGGUAGCUCAGGCCCCCCCCUUCAGCUCCGCAAGCUGAAAGCCCCGGAAUUCCCACAACCCCAACUGCACCCCUUUCUGUUCCUAUCGCGAUAACAACAACCCGAAAACGCUAUCGUCGUUCCAUGAGCAUCAUAUAAGUAAAUAACUACAUAAUCAUAUUGAAGAAAUAAGCAACCGUGGAAGCAUUUAUCAUCACCAAAAAACUUAACUGCGUAUGCAAGAACAAAAAAGAAACCCAUAUAUUAGGUAUUAAUUGUAGCUGCCUAAAAACAAAAAUGAAACAAAAUAAAAACAUAAAAAGCUCAUUAAGUAUAAUGAAAUAAAUAGCGAAAAAAAAAUUAUCAACUCGAAGGGUGUGUAAAUAAUUUCUUGAGAGCAAUGGCGAUUAGAUACUCACGUAAUUACUCGGCGCGCUGGGUCUAUCAAUACUAAGUAUCGUUUCCGAUUAUCAAAAAAAAAUUAUGUUCACAUCCGUAAAAAACUCACGCGUGCUGUCCUUAUUUAUUUUCAUACAGAUACACCCUUUCCACCCCACCAUUCUUAAGUUUUUUUUUCUAAAAAUAUCUUGAGACUCUACCCUGAUAUACUUUUUGAUCAAACUCUUUUAUACUUCUGUUUUCUAUUAACAUCAAUGUGAAAGAAAUAGGCGUAUCUAUUUGGCUAGUUACUACUUUUCAUUAGAGAAAAAACAAAAAAUUCUUUCAUCGGUUACCUUGAUUAUAGACAUAAUCUGUUAGAUAUUAUUUUACGAUACCAGAUAAAAAUCCAAGAAUCGUACUUGGCUAUAUUUUCUGGCCACCAAAAUUGACUAACAAAUUAGCGCUUAUUUUCUUUGAAAAAACAUUUGGAUGCACCGUAGAUAUUAACGUUCAAAGUUUUACCAUUAUACACAUUUAGCUGUAUCUCGUUGAUGUGAUCUAUUGCUGUUAACACUACACAUGACAUCACAAGAUAUGUGAAAUACAUAUUUAUAACUAUACAUUGAAUCAAAUUGUUUUUAAAUUUAGUGAAUUUAACAUUAGCUUAAUUAUUUGAAUAAUUCUCAUUUUCUCUCUCGACUGAGACACAGCAAUAACUUCAAUAAUUACGUUUCACCUGCACAGGAUUUUCCUUGUCGACUAAUUGCUGUCAAUCAUAAUACUCAGUGAACUGAAGAAAAUUUUUUAUUAUUAGGCUUGCGUUGGUUGCCAGAUAUAAAACAGAAUAAGAAAAAAAUAUAUAUAAAUGUGGCUGUCUCUGCUUGAAAAGCUUGAAUUAAUUUAAUUUACUAGGGGGAAAAAAAUAGUCGUCAAUCAUCUGGAAAAAAUAUUGUUUCAACAAUUUCAAAGACUUUGAAAAUUUUUGAACUAAUUCAUCUGAUCAGAAGUCUUGAUGUAAUUGAGAUGAUUACUGACUUUUAGUAUGUGUUUUUAGUUGAGUUAAUAAUUUCAACAAAGCUUUUACCGACUACACGAGCUUUUUCUUGCGUAUUUCUAAGUUAUUUUUUUUAUAAUUUUUUUUUUAUUACUAUUACCCGAUUAUUAUUUUUUUUAUAUUUCAAGGCCUGUCGAAGCGGUCGAAGGACUUGUACAAGGCGUCUACAAUAUGCGACAUUUCUAAUUAUCGUCUAAAAAACGUGGAUUGUGAACAAGCGUUUUUAGUUCUGUAUAUAUUGAUAAAACGUGUCCAAAAUGUUAAUGAAAUAUAUUUGUUGAAACUUAAAA